ACUAACUCACUGUUAUCUCUCCUUUUUUAGCUAUAAAUUUACUUUGAUCUCUCUAUUACUGUUAUGUUAUCUCUUUGUUUAUGUCGGUAAUCCAUUAUACAUACAUAGGUAGCUGGAGAAACAAUUAUUAUUAAUUUAGAUUUUAUGAAUGAAAACGAUUGAAGGAAUAAUAAUUGCGACCCUUUUCCUUUUUCCCUUUUGAGUUCGAAGUUGACAUUCACCCAAUACAAUACAGAAUCAUCAUCGAUCAAAAGCUAAAAGCAGAACGAACCUCUCAACGCUAAACUAUUCAUCAACCAAUUAAGCUCAAUUCCACCGUAACCAGCUAUGUCAUUGCGCAGACGAACCUUGCUCAAGGUCAUUGUUCUCGGUGAUAGCGGGGUUGGAAAAACCUCCUUGAUGAAUCAAUAUGUGCACAACAAGUUUAGUCAACAAUAUAAGGCAACAAUUGGAGCUGAUUUUGUCACUAAAGAACUUCAAAUUGACGACAGACUCGUCACUCUACAAAUAUGGGAUACUGCUGGACAAGAGAGAUUCCAAAGUCUUGGAGUUGCGUUUUAUAGAGGGGCGGAUUGCUGUGUUCUUGCGUAUGAUGUGAAUGUCAUGAGGUCGUUUGAUUCACUUGAUACCUGGCACGAGGAGUUUCUCAAACAGGCAAACCCUCCUGAUACUAGGGCAUUUCCAUUUAUAUUGCUUGGAAACAAGAUUGAUAUUGAUGGCGGGAAUAGUCGAGUGGUUUCCGAGAAGAAAGCAAAUGACUGGUGUGCUUCAAAAGGGAAUAUUCCCUACUUUGAGACAUCUGCAAAAGAGGAUUACAAUGUUGAUGCUGCAUUCCUGUGUAUUGCCAAGACUGCCCUGGCCAAUGAGCGUGAACAGGACAUAUAUUUUCAAGGAAUUCCUGAGGCUGUUCCAGAGAGUGAGCAAAGUGGUGGUGGUGGAUGUGCAUGCUGAUAUGGAAGUACUAAAUAAUUGCAGGCACUCCCUUCAAUGCUGUGUUUCAAAUUCUUCAAAUUCUUUUUGGUCAUAUAGUGUACUACGCUGUAUGCCAUGAUUGUGUGGGUAAAUUGUGUACCUCGAUGUUCCCUUUUUGAUAGUACUAUUGUUUUGGGAAGGAUGAGCUUGAGAAUGUUGCACACUUGGGGAAAACAUAUUCCAUUGAUUUACCACGAAUUAGAUAGGCUUGAAGUGAUUUUUGUUUUCUUUGGUGUUCAAAUUGAGAUGUGGCAUGAAAUGUUAAUAUUCUGUUUGAAUGAUGUACUCAGCAGACAUUAAUUUGUGCGGUGCUUCACAUAGUUGAAUAGUUUUGUUUUGUUUGCAAGUAAACUAUAAUAUUUGAACUCUUAAUGUUACAGGUAAGGUUGGACUGGUUGGUAUAUGA